AUGGUCCGCUUCGGGGACGAGCUGGGCGGCCGCUAUGGGGGCCCCGGCGGCGGGGAGCGGGCGCGGGGCGGCGGGGCCGGCGGGGCGGGAGGCCCGGGCCCCGGGGGGCUGCAGCCGGGCCAGCGGGUCCUCUACAAGCAGUCGAUCGCGCAACGCGCGCGGACCAUGGCGCUGUACAACCCCAUCCCGGUCAAGCAGAACUGCUUCACCGUCAACCGCUCGCUCUUCGUCUUCAGCGAGGACAACGUCGUCCGCAAAUACGCCAAGCGCAUCACUGAGUGGCCUCCGUUUGAGUACAUGAUUCUGGCCACCAUCAUCGCCAACUGUAUCGUGCUGGCGCUGGAGCAGCACCUCCCAGACGGAGACAAGACGCCCAUGUCUGAGCGGCUGGAUGACACAGAGCCCUACUUCAUCGGCAUCUUCUGCUUCGAGGCUGGGAUCAAGAUCAUCGCGCUGGGCUUUGUCUUUCACAAGGGCUCCUACCUGCGGAACGGCUGGAACGUCAUGGACUUCGUGGUGGUCCUCACGGGGAUCCUCGCCACCGCUGGCACUGACUUUGACCUGCGAACGCUGCGGGCUGUGCGUGUGCUGAGGCCCCUGAAGCUGGUGUCUGGGAUUCCAAGUUUGCAGGUGGUGCUCAAGUCCAUCAUGAAGGCCAUGGUUCCACUCCUGCAGAUUGGGCUGCUUCUCUUUUUCGCCAUCCUCAUGUUCGCCAUCAUUGGCCUCGAGUUCUACAUGGGCAAAUUCCACAAGGCUUGUUUCCCCAACAGCACAGAUGCAGAUCCGGUAGGUGACUUCCCGUGUGGCAGGGAAGCCCCAGCUCGGCUGUGCGAGGGCGACACUGAGUGCCGGGAGUACUGGGCGGGACCCAACUUCGGCAUCACCAACUUCGACAACAUCCUGUUCGCCAUCCUGACGGUGUUCCAGUGCAUCACCAUGGAGGGCUGGACCGACAUCCUCUACAAUACCAAUGAUGCGGCCGGCAACACCUGGAACUGGCUCUACUUCCUGCCCCUGAUUAUCAUCGGCUCCUUCUUCAUGCUCAACCUGGUGCUGGGCGUGCUCUCAGGAGAGUUUGCCAAGGAGCGUGAGCGGGUGGAGAACCGCCGGGCCUUUCUGAAACUCCGCCGGCAGCAGCAGAUCGAGCGGGAGCUCAACGGGUACCUGGAGUGGAUCUUCAAGGCCGAGGAGGUCAUGCUGGCUGAGGAGGACAAGAACGCGGAGGAGAAGUCCCCUCUGGAUGCAGUGUUGAAGAGAGCAGCCACCAAGAAGAGCCGAAACGACCUGAUCCACGCGGAGGAGGGAGAGGACCGCUUUGCAGACCUCUGUGCUGUGGGGUCCCCCUUCGCCCGAGCCAGCCUCAAGAGUGGGAAGACGGAGAGCUCGUCAUACUUCCGCAGGAAGGAGAAGAUGUUCCGGUUCUUCAUCCGGCGCCUGGUGAAGGCCCAGAGCUUCUACUGGGUGGUGCUGUGCGUGGUGGCCCUGAACACACUGUGCGUGGCCAUGGUGCACUACCACCAGCCGCAGCGGCUCACCACGGCGCUGUACUUUGCAGAGUUUGUUUUCCUGGGUCUCUUCCUCACAGAGAUGUCCCUGAAGAUGUAUGGCCUGGGGCCCAGGAGCUACUUCCGGUCCUCCUUCAACUGCUUCGAUUUUGGGGUCAUUGUGGGGAGCAUUUUCGAGGUGGUCUGGGCGGCCAUCAAGCCAGGAACCUCCUUCGGCAUCAGUGUGCUGCGGGCGCUGCGGCUGCUGAGAAUCUUCAAAGUCACAAAGUACUGGAGCUCCCUGCGGAACCUGGUGGUGUCCCUGCUCAACUCCAUGAAGUCCAUCAUCAGCCUGCUCUUCCUGCUCUUCCUCUUCAUCGUGGUCUUCGCUCUGCUGGGCAUGCAGCUCUUCGGGGGACAGUUCAACUUCCAGGAUGAGACUCCGACAACCAACUUUGACACCUUCCCUGCUGCCAUCCUCACUGUCUUCCAGAUCCUGACCGGGGAGGACUGGAACGCGGUGAUGUACCAUGGGAUUGAAUCGCAAGGUGGAGUUAGCAAAGGCAUGUUCUCGUCCGUGUACUUCAUUGUCCUGACGCUGUUUGGGAACUACACCCUGCUGAACGUCUUCCUGGCCAUCGCCGUGGACAACCUCGCCAAUGCUCAGGAGCUGACCAAGGAUGAAGAGGAGAUGGAAGAAGCAGCCAAUCAGAAGCUUGCUCUGCAAAAGGCCAAAGAAGUGGCUGAAGUCAGCCCCAUGUCUGCCGCGAACAUCUCCAUUGCCGCCAGGCAGCAGAACUCGGCCAAGGCGCGCUCGGUGUGGGAGCAGCGGGCCAGCCAGCUGCGGCUGCAGAACCUGCGGGCCAGCUGUGAAGCGUUGUAUAGUGAGAUGGACCCUGAGGAGCGGCUGCGCUUCGCCACUUCCCGCCACCUGCGGCCCGACAUGAAGACGCACCUGGACCGGCCGCUUGUGGUGGAGCCAGGCCGGGAUGGCGCGCGGGGGCCCGCGGGGGGCAAGGUCCGGCCCGAGGGCGGGGAGGCCGGCGAGGGUACCGACCCGCCGCGCAGGCACCACCGGCACCGCGACAGGGACAGGGACAAGGCUGCGGCCCUGGUGGGGGAGCCGGACAGGGCGGACGCCCCGAAGGCGGAGGGCGGGGACCCGGGGGCCCGGGAGGAGCGGGCACGACCGCGCCGCAGCCGCAGCAAGGAGGCCGCGGGCCCCCGCGAGGCCAGGAGCGAGCGAGGCCGCGGGCUGGGCCCGGACGGCGGCCGGCGCCACCACCGGCGGGGCUCCCCGGAGGAGGCGGCGGAGCGCGAGCCCCGGCGCCACCGCGCACACCGGCACGCGCCGGAGCCGAGCAGGGAGGGCGCGCCCGGGAGCAAGGGCGAGCGGCGAGCGCGGCACCGCGGCGGCGCCCGGGCAGGCCCCCGGGAGGCCGAGAGCGGCGAGGAGCCCGCCCGGCGGCACCGAGCGCGACACAAGGCGCCACCCGGACACGAGGAGGCGGAGAAGGAGGCCGAGGCGGAGGACAGGGACAGGGACAAGGAGCCCCGGAACCACCAGCCCAGGGAGUCUCACUGUGACCUGGAGGCCACUGUGGUAAUUGGUGUGGGCCCUGUGCAUGCCCUGCCCAGCACUUGCCUAGAGAAGGUGGAAGAACAGCCAGAGGAUGCAGACAAUCAGCGGAAUGUUACUCGUAUGGGCAGUCAGCCCUCGGAUCUGAGCACCACUGUCCAUAUUCCAGUGACGCUGAGCGGGCCUCCCGGGGAGACCACGGUUGUUCCCAGUGGUAACGUGGAUCUGGAAAGCCAAGCAGAAGGAAAGAAGGAGGUGGAAGCUGAUGACGUGAUGAGGAGCGGCCCCCGACCCAUUGUCCCGUACAGCUCCAUGUUCUGCUUAAGCCCCACCAACCUGCUCCGCCGCUUCUGCCACUACAUUGUGACCAUGCGGUACUUCGAGAUGGUCAUUCUCGUGGUCAUUGCCCUGAGUAGCAUUGCCCUGGCCGCUGAGGAUCCUGUGCAGACAGACUCGCCCAGGAACAACGUGCUGAAGUACAUGGACUACAUCUUCACAGGAGUCUUCACCUUUGAGAUGGUGAUAAAGAUGAUCGAUUUGGGACUGCUGCUGCACCCUGGUGCCUACUUCCGGGAUCUGUGGAACAUUCUGGACUUCAUUGUGGUCAGUGGGGCCCUGGUGGCGUUUGCCUUCUCAGGCUCCAAAGGGAAAGACAUCAGCACCAUCAAGUCCCUGAGGGUCCUGCGUGUGCUGAGGCCACUCAAGACCAUCAAGCGGCUGCCCAAGCUCAAAGCUGUGUUUGACUGUGUGGUGAACUCCCUGAAGAACGUCCUCAACAUCCUGAUCGUCUACAUGCUCUUCAUGUUCAUAUUUGCUGUCAUCGCGGUACAGCUCUUCAAGGGGAAGUUUUUCUACUGCACCGAUGAGUCCAAGGAGCUGGAGCGGGACUGCAGGGGCCAGUAUUUGGACUACGAGAAGGAGGAGGUGGAAGCUCAGCCGCGGCAGUGGAAGAAAUAUGACUUCCACUACGACAACGUGCUCUGGGCCCUGCUGACUCUGUUCACUGUGUCCACGGGUGAAGGGUGGCCCAUGGUGCUGAAACACUCGGUGGAUGCCACCUACGAGGAGCAGGGCCCAAGCCCCGGGUACCGCAUGGAACUGUCCAUUUUCUACGUGGUCUACUUCGUGGUCUUCCCCUUCUUCUUUGUGAACAUCUUUGUGGCCUUGAUCAUCAUCACCUUCCAGGAGCAGGGGGACAAGGUCAUGUCUGAGUGCAGCUUGGAGAAGAAUGAGAGGGCUUGUAUCGACUUCGCCAUUAGCGCCAAACCCCUGACGCGGUACAUGCCCCAGAACAAGCAGUCGUUCCAGUACAAGACGUGGACGUUCGUGGUCUCACCACCCUUUGAGUAUUUCAUCAUGGCCAUGAUAGCCCUCAACACAGUGGUGCUGAUGAUGAAGUUCUAUGAUGCGCCCUACGAGUAUGAGCUGAUGUUGAAGUGUCUGAACAUCGUGUUCACGUCCAUGUUCUCCAUGGAGUGUGUACUCAAGAUCAUCGCCUUUGGAGUGCUGAACUAUUUCAGAGACGCCUGGAAUGUCUUUGACUUUGUCACUGUGUUGGGAAGUAUUACUGAUAUUUUAGUAACAGAGAUUGCGGAAACGAACAACUUCAUCAACCUUAGCUUCCUCCGCCUCUUCCGUGCUGCCAGACUCAUCAAGCUGCUCCGCCAAGGCUACACCAUCCGCAUCCUGCUCUGGACCUUCGUCCAGUCCUUCAAGGCCCUGCCCUAUGUGUGCCUGCUCAUCGCCAUGUUGUUCUUCAUCUACGCCAUCAUCGGCAUGCAGGUGUUUGGAAACAUUGCUCUGGAUGACGACACCAGCAUCAACCGUCACAAUAACUUUCGGACGUUUCUUCAAGCCCUGAUGCUGCUCUUCAGGAGUGCCACCGGGGAGGCCUGGCAUGAGAUCAUGCUGUCCUGCCUCAGCAGCCGGGCCUGCGACGAGCUCGCCAAUGCCACGGAGUGUGGGAGUGACUUCGCCUACUUCUACUUUGUCUCCUUCAUCUUCCUUUGCUCCUUUCUGAUGUUGAACCUCUUUGUGGCUGUGAUCAUGGACAAUUUUGAGUACCUUACGCGGGACUCUUCCAUCCUAGGGCCUCACCACCUGGACGAAUUCAUCCGGGUCUGGGCUGAGUACGACCCGGCUGCGUGUGGGCGCAUCAGUUACAAUGACAUGUUUGAGAUGCUGAAACACAUGUCCCCGCCCCUGGGGCUGGGGAAGAAAUGCCCUGCUCGCGUUGCAUACAAGCGCCUGGUUCGUAUGAACAUGCCCAUCUCCAAUGACGACAUGACCGUCCACUUCACAUCCACGCUGAUGGCCCUCAUCCGGACCGCACUGGAGAUCAAGCUGGCUCCAGCUGGCACUAAGCAGCAUCAGUGCGACGCCGAGCUGAGGAAGGAGAUUUCCUCCGUGUGGGCCAACCUGCCCCAGAAGACCCUGGACUUACUGGUGCCGCCCCAUAAACCCGACGAGAUGACGGUGGGGAAGGUGUAUGCAGCUCUGAUGAUAUUCGACUUCUACAAACAGAACAAAACCACCAGAGACCAGAUUCACCAAGCUCCCGGAGGCCUGGCCCAGAUGGGCCCCGUGUCCCUGUUCCACCCCCUGAAGGCCACGCUGGAGCAGACUCAGCCGGCUGUGCUCCGAGGAGCCCGCGUUUUCCUCCGGCAGAAGAGCUCAGCCUCCCUCAGCAACGGUGGGGCAGUACAAACCCAAGAGGGCGGCAUCAAGGAGUCUGUCUCCUGGGGCACUCAGAGGACCCAGGAGGUACCCUGCGAGGUGAGGACACCCCUGGAGCGUGGCCACUCCACAGAGAUCCCGGUGGUGCAGACAGGAGAACCGGCUGUGGACGUCCAGAUGCAGAGCAUGGCCCUGAGAGGCCCUGACGGGGAGCCCCAACCCGGGCUGGAGAGCCAGGGCCGAGCGGCCUCCAUGCCCCGCCUGGCAGCAGAGACUCAGCCACCCCCAGAUGCCAGCCCCAUGAAGCGCUCCAUCUCCACACUGGCACCCCAGCGGCCCCACGUGGCUCAUCUCUGCAACGCGGCCCUGGACCGUGCUCCAGUCAGCCAGGCCGCCCCCCACCACCACCACCGCUGCCAUCGCCGCAGGGACCGGAAGCAGAAGUCCCUGGAGAAGGGGCCCAGCCUGUCUGCAGACACAGAUGGCGCACCCUAUAGCACCGCGGGGCCGGGGCCCCCACCGCCCCCAGGGGAUGGGGCAGCAGGCUGCCGACGGGAGCGCAGGCAGGAGCGGGGCCGGUCCCAGGAACGAAGGCAGCCCUCCUCCUCCUCCUCUGAGAAGCAGCGCUUCUACUCCUGCGACCGCUUUGGAGGCCGUGAGCCCCAACAGCCCAAGCCCUCUCUCAGCAGCCAUCCGACAUCGCCCACGGCUGGGCAGGAGCCAGGACCCCCGAGACAGGGUAGUGGCUCCGUGAACGGGAGCCCCCUGCUGUCAACAUCUGGUGCUAGCACCCCGGGCCGUGGCGGGCGGAGGCAGCUCCCCCAGACCCCGCUGACGCCCCGUCCCAGCAUCACCUAUAAAACGGCCAACUCCUCGCCUGUCCACUUUGCCGGGGCUCAGACCAGCCUCCCUGCCUUUUCCCCCGGCCGGCUUAGCCGUGGCCUUUCAGAACACAACGCCCUGCUCCAGAGAGACCCCCUCAGCCAGCCUCUGGCCCCCACCUCUCGGAUUGGCUCUGACCCUUACCUGGGGCAGCGUCUGGACAGCGAGGCUGCGGCCCGCACCCAGCCUGAGGACACGCUCACCUUCGAGGAGGCCGUGGCCACCAACUCGGGCCGCUCCUCCCGGACUUCCUACGUGUCCUCCCUGACCUCCCAGUCCCACCCCCUCCGCCGGGUGCCCAAUGGCUACCACUGCACUCUGGGGCUCAGCUCGGGCGGGGGCGGCCGGGGGCGGCACAGCUACCACCACCCUGACCAAGACCACUGGUGCUAGCCGCACCGCCCGGCGGGCGUGUCCAGGUGAUGAGUUUUAUCAUCCGCGCUGGGCCCCAGGGGCACUCGGAGCACUGAGGUGGGCAGCAGCCCUGGGAGGAGGGCCUGCCCCAUUUCUCCUCCUCCAGCGGGAUGAGCGGUUUGUAGAGGGAGGUUGCUCCCUCUCCACCCCUUCCACGCUGCCUCCCUGGGUCUAGGCACAGACCCCACACAGGACACGGCUGUGUGUGCUGAGGGGGACCCGGUGAAGAACCCAGCAUCCAGGGUGUGUGCUGGGAACGUUCCGUAGGAAGUCUGCAUCUUGUAGGGAUCAUCUUUUAUCCAAAUGUAUGGUACAGAGGAGCAGGUGAGACCUCAGGACAGAGUCAGUGUAAACGGAGGUCUCGUCAGCAUCCUCACACCAACAGUCUGGGCGCCCUUCGUACCUGAAAUGGCAAACAAGCACUAGAAACACAUGCAGAUACGGUCCUCUCCCGACAGCCAGCCCUCACAGGGACCAAACCUGGACAACAUUCUUGAUGUUGGCUUCGGUUUUUAGUUACAACACCCUUCACUCUUUUGUCGACUCUAUGUAUUCAAUCAAAAAAUAAACAACCAGAAUAAUGGGGAAGGGAACAGGAACGUAACAGUAAAAUAGCCAGCCUGUAUGAGGAUCUCAGCCUUUCAGGAUGUGUGUUCCUGGCUUGCUCAAGGAGAUGCUCUGUGUCCAGUACAAGCGGCCAACAGGACCACCCAGCUCCCGCUGCUCUCGACCAAGUGCCUGACCUCCGAGCCCCUCAUGCAGGCUCCCAGGGGCCCAUCACCGUAAGCGGGCUUUGUGGAGACUAUUCCAAACAGCAACUGAGUAGAAGGCAGACGUACUGGAGAAUGUGCAGAAAACACCCAGUAGAUUGGUCGUAGCUGGGAUGAAGCAGCUGUUGCCCCUUUUCCUCAAACCAGUAGAAAGGCUGCAGGGCGUGUGGAGAGAGGCCCAUGUGGGCGAUCAGACUGUUCUCCACUCGAUUCUCAGGGAUGCAGGGUGCGAUCUCUGUCGUUGUGCAAGUUUCUUUCCACAGAAGGCUCACUGGGGAGAGGCUGGUACAAAGGGGGAGAUGGCACAGUGGGGGCAGAAGUGCCCAGGUGUGUGAGCAGAUGAGGGCAGUUGGGAACCACACUGAACCAAGGCUGGAAAUGGGAUGCAGGAGCAACUCAGCUGUGGCUGCUGUGCUGGGCGUCUGAGCCCACACUGGCUCUGGCAUAAGAUGUGGGACAGCAGGCAGCAAAAGGAAGUCCAGCUUCAGGGCCACAUUCAAAACAGAGAGACCACAGUUAGGAUGUGGUACAUAAAACACUGGGAGACCCUUUGUUUUGUGAAUGAAGGGAACAUUUAGAUGAGUCGAUUCUGGUAUGUGCUCCAUAUUUUGAAGUGUGAGAUAAUCUCUUUGCUGGAUCAUUUGAGUGUUCCCAUUGGCUUUUACCCCAUGAUUCUCCUAAAGAAACUUGGUGUGUGAUGUGCGUGUGCGUGUCUGUGUGUCCCAGUGAGUGGAUGCCGUUAACCCAUAGGGCUAUGCAACAAAAGACACACGUUUAACAGAAAUAAAACACACAAGACCGCCACCUGUUCUAGGGUUUCAGCAUGAUUGUGACCAAACCAUUUUAUAGAAUUUCCUUACUCGAAGGCACAACACUCUGAAACUUUAAGAUAACAGAGUAUUUUACUCCAAUAGGAUACGACGAAAAUCAGAAUCUCCGACUGUGCAUGUGAUCACUGGCUCCGGUUGCAAAGCAGAAGGAUGUGUAUCUUGGUACUGAUGUUUUGUCUCUGGUCCCCCCAGCCCAUAUUAUUUUGAAUGUAUUCAUUCUGUGCUGAAUCAUAGCUGCUUCCCCAGGCCAUAUUGGGCAGAGAAUCCACUUUGCUAGACCCACACAGCCUUGCUGGUUUGUCUGGAUCCUUCCAGACACUGGAAUUGGUGAAAAAUUUCAGAGAGUGAGGGAGAGACUGUCUUGUUUUCCCAACUCUGUGUUUUGUUUCUGUGCUGUCUCUUCUCAACUAUCAUAUUUCCCUCAAAAUCUCAUAGUGAGUUGCCAAAUUUGAAAUGCAUCAACCAGUUGUCUGCAUCUGGAACCAGUCAAGCAGUGGCUGUAGUUUGAACA